UGCCUCGGAACCUUCCCGCGCGCGCGGGGCAGAGGUGGGGGGGCAGUUUCCGGACGGGCCGCUGAGGGCGGCGGGCCGCUGGCGGAAGUGCGGGGGGCGCCGUCGGGGGCGGACCGGAAGCGCCCGCCGGGCCCGGUUGCCGUGACAGCGGCGGCGGUGGGGGGGAAGGCCGGAGCCGCCAUGGAGGCCGCGGCGGCGCUGACCGACAUGUACGACCAAGCGCUGCUCGGCAUCCUGCAGCACGUCGGCAACGUGGAGGAGUUCCUGCGCGUCCUCUUCGGCUUCCUCUACCGCAAGACCGACUUCUACCGCCUGCUGCUGCGGCCCAGCGACCGCCUGGGCUUCCCGCCCGGCGCCGCCCAGGCCAUGGCCCUCCAGGCGUUCAAAGUCUUCGAGCGCAUGGCCCGGCAGGACGACGAGAAGAGACGCCGGGAGCUGGAAGCGAAGCUGAGGAAGAAGGAGGAGGAGGAGGAGGCGGCAGAGAGGGCGAAAGCAUCCCCUGCGGCUCAGGAGAUCGAGAUGGAGUCAACAGCGGAGCGCGUGCCAGCGCCGGACGCCGAGGGAGCCGCGGGGCCCCGGGAGCCGGCGGCAGCCCAGGACGCGGCCCCGGCAGCGCCCGGUUCGUCAGCAGAGCCGCCGCAGGCUGCCGCCCCGGCAGAGCCCCGGCCAGAACCGCCCACGAGACAGGAGCAGUUCCAGACCAACCCCGACAGCUACAACGGAGCCGUGCGCGAGAAUUACGCCUGGUCCCAAGACUACAGCGACCUGGAGAUCAAAGUGCCGGUGCCCAAGCACAUCGUAAAAGGCAAACAGGUGGCCGUGGACAUCAGCAGCGGGGCGAUCCGCGUAGCCGUGCUGGAGGGCGGCAGCCAGCGCGUCCUCAUGGAAGGCAAGCUCACGCACAAGAUCAACACGGAGAGUUCCCUCUGGAGCCUGGAGCCGGGCAAGUGCGUUUUGGUCAACCUGAACAAGGGGGACGAGUACUGGUGGACGGCCAUCCUGGAGGGCGAGGAGCCCAUCGACAUCGACCGGAUCAACAAGGAGCGCUCCAUGGCCACGGUGGACGAGGAGGAGCACGCCGUGCUGGACCGCCUCACCUUCGACUACCACCAGAAGCUCCAGGGCAAGCCGCAGAGCCACGAGCUGAAGGUCCACGAGAUGCUCAAGAAGGGCUGGGACACCGAGGGCUCCCCUUUCCGCGGCCAGAAGUUCGACCCGGCCAUGUUCAACAUCUCGCCCGGCGCCGUGCAGUUUUGACGCCGGCGCGGAGAAAGAAAACGAGGAAAAAAAGCAACAAAAAAACCCACAAAUAAACCACCCCGGCGGCCUCCCCCGUGCCCGUCCCCGCGGAGGCGCCGGCGGACGGAUUUGGGGGGGACGCGCGUGCGUUGGCGGGGGGGAACCGGGGCGAAUGCACCGUUUUUUUCCCUUUUUUGCCUUUUUUUUUGCUUUAAACCCCCCCGUCCCGUCGCCACGGCAACGGCCGGACCCUCGGCGCGGUGUUUUUCGGGAAUAGACGGAGCUCGUCGGGGGUGACGCGACGAGCGGUCUCGGUG